UGGUCUCGCCCGCAGUUCAAAAUAAACCCUGGAGCCGGCGCAUGCGCCGUAGGCCCCACACGCGCAAGCCCGUCGGGUCAUUGUUGGGGGCGGUGCUUGGGCGGUGCUUACGGCGGAGAGAAGACGCACGCGCCGCGCCCGGUCCCAGACCCGGUUGCAAGGCUGUUCGCGAAGGCGGCUGCUUCUACGUUUCUAUACAGCUGGCCGUGCGGCCCUGCGAUAGUCUGUAGAGGAUGCCAAAUGAGAGGAUCCCCCACUCAAGUCAAACUCAGGAGCAAGACUGUUCACAGAGUCAGGAGAUCAGUGAGAGUGCAGAGGGGACAGUCAAGCAGGAGAACGAUGGCGACGUGGAGCUGGGGGAGAGCCUCCCCUCUUGUUCCCUUGCUAAUGGACCCUCCACUUCCGCCAAGGGGUAUCCCUCGGAACUUCCGAGGAGAGGGCCAGCCCUGCUGCACAUCAACAGACAUCAGAUCCAGGCGGUGGAGCCCAGUGCACAGGCCCUGGAGCUGCAGGGUUUGGGUGUGGACGUCUAUGACCAGGACGUGCUGGAGCAAGGGGUGCUUCAGCAGGUGGACAGCGCCAUUCAUGAGGCCAGCCGUGUGGCCCAGCUUGCCGACGCAGAGAAGGAGUAUCAGUCAGUGCUGGACGACCUCAUGUCAUGUACGACAUCCCUAAGGCAAAUCAAUAAAAUUAUUGAACAACUUAGCCCUCAAGCUGACACCAACAAAGACAUCAACAGGAAACUAGAUUCUGUAAAACGACAGAAGUAUAACAAGGAACAACAACUGAAGAAGAUCACAGCAAAACAAAAACGUCUCCAGGCUAUCCUUGGGGGAGCAGAGGUAAAAGUUGAACUAGAUCAUGCCAGUCUGGAGGAGGAGGAUGCAGAAGCAGAGCCGUCCUCCCUCGGCAGCAUGCUCAUGCCCGCUCAGGAGACUGCUUGGGAAGAGCUCGUCCGCACUGGUCAGAUGACACCUUUUGGUACCCAGAUCCCUCAGAAGCAGGAGAGAAAGCCCAGAAAACUAAUGCUCAACGAAGCAUCAGAUUUUGAAAAGUAUUUGGCAGAUCAAGCAAAACUGUCCUUUGAAAGAAAGAAGCAAGCUUGUAAUAAAAGAGCAACUAAAAAAGCCCCGGCCUCGGUCACUUCUGAGCUGAGCUCAACACUCAAUGAAAACAAACCAGACAAGAGAGGCAAAGUUCUCUCGAAAACAGAUAAGCGCUUGAAAAAACACAUCAAGAAACUCCAGAAGAGGGCUCUUCAGUUCCAGGGGCAGGUGGGAUUGCUAAAGGGAAAGAAACCCUUGGAGUGUGAUGUGAGGCCAAAGGCAGAGGGAGACUCUGAGGAUGAAGUAUCCGAGUACUUGCCCACGGAGUGGGAGCAGGGGGAGGCGGCAGGGACUGACCUGUCCGGGGAAGACACCGACUGUGACCGGAGACGGGUGCUCGGUCGCCAGAAACGGCAGAAGAAAGUCACAGUGCAGGAGAUUGAUGAUGACUUCUUUCCAAGUUCUGGGGAAGAAGCUGAAGCCGCAGGAGGAGGAGGAGGAGGUCGGAAAGUAGUGAGAUGCCGAGAUGAUGGAGAUGAAGAUUAUUAUAAGCAGCGGUUAAGAACUGCCGACGCCCUACAUCCAAGCUGCCACAUACAUCCUUUUAGAAGCAGGAGAUGGAAUAAACUGAGACUGCAGGACAAAGAGAAGAGUCUGAGGCUUGAAGAUGAUUCUGAGGAAAGUGAUGCCGAAUUUGACGAAGGUUUUAAAGUGCCGGGUUUUCUGUUCAAAAAGCUUUUUAAGUACCAGCAGACAGGUGUUAGGUGGCUGUGGGAAUUGCACUGCCAGCAGGCAGGAGGAAUUCUGGGAGACGAAAUGGGAUUGGGCAAGACCAUCCAGAUAAUUGCCUUCUUGGCAGGUCUGAGCUACAGCAAGAUCAGGACUCGUGGUUCAAAUUACAGGUUCGAGGGGUUGGGUCCGACUAUAAUUGUCUGUCCGACGACAGUGAUGCAUCAGUGGGUGAAGGAAUUUCACACGUGGUGGCCUCCGUUCCGAGUGGCAGUUCUGCACGAAACUGGGUCCUUUAGCCACAAAAAGGAGAAACUAAUUCGAGAUAUUGCUCAUUGUCAUGGGAUUUUGAUCACUUCUUACUCCUACGUUCGACUGAUGCAAGAUGAUAUUAGCAGGCAUGACUGGCACUAUGUGAUCUUGGACGAAGGACACAAAAUUCGGAAUCCAAAUGCUGCCAUCACUCUUGCUUGCAAACAGUUCCGCACCCCUCAUCGCAUCAUCCUGUCUGGCUCACCGAUGCAGAAUAAUCUCCGUGAGCUGUGGUCACUCUUUGAUUUCAUCUUCCCGGGAAAGCUGGGCACGUUGCCUGUGUUUAUGGAGCAGUUCUCAGUCCCCAUCACCAUGGGGGGGUAUUCAAAUGCCUCCCCAGUACAGGUUAAAACUGCUUAUAAGUGUGCAUGUGUUCUACGAGAUACCAUAAAUCCAUACCUACUGCGGAGAAUGAAGUCGGAUGUCAAAAUGAGCCUUUCUUUGCCAGAUAAAAACGAACAGGUCUUAUUUUGCCGUCUUACAGAUGAGCAACAUAAAGUCUACCAAAAUUUCAUUGAUUCCAAAGAAGUUUACAGAAUUCUCAAUGGAGAGAUGCAGAUUUUCUCUGGACUUGUAGCCCUAAGAAAAAUCUGCAACCACCCUGAUCUCUUUUCUGGAGGCCCCAAGAAUCUUAAAGGAAUUCCAGAUGAGGAACUAGGGGAAGAUCAGUUUGGACACUGGAAACGUUCUGGGAAAAUGAUAGUUGUUGAGUCCUUGUUGAAAAUAUGGCACAAGCAGGGCCAACGAGUAUUGCUGUUUUCUCAGUCCAGACAGAUGUUGGACAUAUUUGAAGUAUUCCUUAGGGCCCAAAAGUAUUCCUAUCUCAAGAUGGAUGGUACCACUGCGAUAGCUUCAAGACAACCACUGAUUACAAGAUACAAUGAGGACACAUCCAUAUUUGUGUUUCUUCUGACCACUCGGGUGGGUGGCCUAGGAGUCAACCUGACGGGGGCAAACCGAGUCAUCAUCUAUGACCCUGACUGGAACCCAAGCACAGACGUGCAGGCCCGGGAGCGAGCGUGGCGGAUAGGCCAGAAGAAACAGGUGACAGUGUACAGGCUUCUGACCGCAGGCACCAUUGAAGAGAAGAUUUACCACCGACAAAUCUUCAAGCAGUUUUUGACAAAUAGAGUGCUAAAAGAUCCAAAGCAAAGGCGAUUUUUCAAAUCCAAUGAUCUUUAUGAGCUGUUUACUCUGACUAGUCCUGAUACAUCCCAGAGCACUGAAACAAGUGCUAUUUUUGCAGGAACUGGUUCAGAUGUUCAGACACCCAAACGCCAUUUAAAAAGAAAACUUCAACCGGCUUUUGGAACAGACCAGAACAUUGCAGUAGGUAAAAAGUUCCCUGGUUCUAACACAUCUGCAAACGUUGCCAUGUCAUCUGAAGAGAAAUCUACAACUAUAGGACCUGAAGUGAAUGCAGUAACUUCUAAUCUAGGUGAUCCUUUGAAAGAUGCCCCUCAAACAUCUUGUAGUCUAACUAACAGUGAGAGGCUUGGAGAAGAGACAGAUGCAGUGUCCAGACUGCAGGAUUCCUCAGUGAUUCAUGGAAACGGGGAAGGUUCAGAUUCUCCAAGAAUCAGCAAAAUGUACAGGAUGUCUGGUGAGGAAAGCAUCGAUGAAAAGGAGGGUCUUUCUGAUAAAAGAGAAGCCUGCCUGGUUCAAACAGAACCUCUUUGGGAGAAUGAGCAAACAGAAAAUAAUUUUUAUAAGCACAAGUCGAAAACGAAACAUCAUGUGGCAGAAGAAAAGACCCUGGAGAAACAUCUGAGGCCGAAGCAAAAGCUUAAGAGCUCUAAGCACCGCAGAGAUGCCAAGUUUGAGGGAACUCGAAUUCCGCACCUGGUGAAGAAGAAGCAGUACCGGAGGCAGGACAAUGAAAAUGAGAGCGAGCCCAAGGAACGCAGCCAUGACGACUACGUCCUGGAAAAGCUUUUCAGAAAAUCAGUGGGUGUGCACAGCAUCAUGAAGCAUGAUGCCAUCAUGGACGGAGCCAGUCCAGACUACGUGCUGGUGGAGGCAGAGGCCAACCGUGUGGCCCAGGAUGCCCUCAAAGCACUGAGACUCUCUCGGCAGCGGUGUCUGGGAGCAGCAUCUGGUGUUCCCACCUGGACCGGCCACAGGGGGGUGGCUGGUACACCAGCAGGAAGAAAGAGAAGAUUUGGUCAGAAAAGGAACUCCAGCUUCUCUGUGCAGCAUCCCUCUUCAACGUCUCCAAAGGAGAAAUGCCAGGACAGCACUAUGAAAAAGGAUGGAAAAGACAAUGUUUCGGAGCAUUUUAGAGGAAAAGUUGAAGAUGCAGAGCCUUCAUCCGGGGCCCUCACUUCGUCCUCACUGUUGGCUAAGAUGAGAGCUAGAAACCACCUAAUUUUGCCAGAGCGCUUAGAAAGUGAACGUGGGUGCCUUCCAGAGGCUUCUGCUCCUCCGCCUUCCAGCAUGGAACACGAUGACCUUCUGGUAGAAAUGAGAAACUUCAUUGCCUUUCAGGCCCAAGUUGAUGGCCAGGCCAGCACUCGGGAGAUACUGCAGGAGUUUGAAUCCAAGUUAUCAGCAUCACAGUCUUGUGUCUUUCGAGAACUAUUGAGAAAUCUGUGCACUUUUCAUAGAACUUCAGGUGGUGAAGGAAUUUGGAAACUCAAGCCAGAAUACUGCUAAUCAAUGUUACCUUCUGAACUUUAAAUUGACUUUUUCUAGUGGAAAUUUCUGAUUAUUAAUCUUAUGAUUAAUAAUCAUGUUUGGUUAAUGGAAGUUGACUGCAUUUGAUGUUUACUUUGAAUGAUAGCUACCUCAUAAUUAAAACUUUAAGGAGGAAGAAGUUCUUCUCUGAAACUUAAAAAAUACCUGGAUUUCUUUUUUUUUUCCCAAAUACCUGGAUUUCUUUUUUUUUUUUUUUCCAAAAUUAAUUAUGAAAUCAGGGACCUAACUGUUAAUCCUUGGAACACAUUUGUUCUUUUACCCAGAAGAUGCUGUCAGGGAAUACAUACUACUCAUUUAGAAGUUUAUAGACCAGAACUCUCAAGAAUUCUUUUUAUUGGUGCUAAAAUCAUGUCUUAUAUUCAGUUAGACCUGUUCGGUAAAUCAGUUCAUCAGUAUCUGAUAACAGAAUUGUUUUUGGUACCUAGGUUUUAAAUGUUUAAAUCGAUCAUUUGCCACCCAAAAAAGAGAUCAGACUUGUUACCUUUUGAGUCCUAUUAGUUGCUUUUAAACGAUCUUCUGUUAAGGUACUGUUAAAUUGACAGGUAUUUUUAUUAGUAAAGCAUGGAAUAGCUUGAUAGUAAAUGAUGAGACAUGUAUUUUCAGAAACUUGUAGUUUUCUCAGUUUACAGUGGCUUUAUUUUAAGCAAAGGGCACCUUUCCCCCCCGCAUAGUGAAUGGUGGUUUUAGGAAAAUAUAUGUUAUCUUAAAAAAAAAAACUCAAGCAGAACCAAAAGUAGAUACAAAUAAAACCACCAACGCACACACGCACACGGGCGUUGCUCCAGACCACACCCGGAUAUACCAUCAUCACCACAUGGUGAGCACAUUCCAGCCCUCUCUCUGCUUACAUCCUGGGUGGGAACUUUGAACCUUUUUUACCUUAUUCAUUGUCUGUCUUUCUAAGGAUGCUGGUAACUUUAUAUCAGACAUCAUUGUUCUCCUUCUUCUGUCCAGUCAUCUUCAUCUCUCUUUUCCCUUUCCGUUCGCCGUGACUCUCCUGUUCUAGAGGUUUGGUUUUCAGCUGCAUCUGUUUCUGGCUGUUGUUCAUGUGUUUAGAGUUUUGUGAUGAUGUCGUUUUGAUCCUUAGUUUGUUUUCUUAGCGUUGUUUUUCUUUCCUUGUCAUUGUUUUAUCAUCACAGCUCUGAAGUCCUGUUUUCUGAAGUUCAUUGGCUUCCUUAAAUGUCUUCUAGAGCUGUCACGGUGCAGUUUGUUUCUUAGAGUUGUUUCCUCUGGCCUGCUGUUUUCACUCUUUCUGAUUUUUCUGUAUUGUGCUCUCCUUCCGCCCAUGCUGUUUCUUUACAUCUAGCUCAUGCUAAAAUCAGGCAGCUGGGUCCAGAUCUGUAUGCUCUUCCCUGCCACCCAGAGAGAAGGGGUGUGGGUUUGGAGGUUGGGGGGAGCCUCUGCUGGGCAGCAUGCAGCUUUUGGUUGGAGGACUUGGGUUUUACUUUUCUGUUCUGAGAUUUUGUUAAAUAGCUUGGGCCAUGAAUCCUUCCCCUUAGAUUAGGAGAUGUCAUUGUCAGAGUCAUAAUUCCCACCAGAAUUUUCUGCUUCCUUUUUUGGAUUCUGGCUUUUUUAUUUUAUUCUGUUUUUAGAGUGGUUCGGUAUUAGAGGAAGAAGAUUCUAUUAUUUUCUUCAUUCUGCCAUCAUUAUCUAGAAAUAAUAGAGACUUUUAAACAGGUCAGUACAUCCUAAACUUGACUACUUGGCUCAGAAGGGAGUCAAAAUUAAUGACUUUUGUUUCUGGGAGGUUCUUUUUUAAUUUUUAUUUUUGUAAUCAAGUCAUUAAUUGCAAUGUAAUCAUCAUUUCAAUUAAGAAAAUUGCAUCCCUUUUGUUCUCGGAUUAAAGUACCAAUGCAGUUCACGAGUGUGAAGUGCUUUGGCAUCUUAGCUCUGUUGUGUGAAAUCUAAGCUCUACCAAGCUAGGGAAGUUGUAGCCUUCUCAUCAAGUAGAAAAUGCCAGCAAAAGUUAUGAUACAGUCACAGCAAGGUGGCCUUCACUCCAAGCCUUGUCUCAGCUCUGCCACCAGCUGAGACCUUGGGUAGUCACUGCCUUGCCUGUGUCUCAGUAUGGAUAUCUGUAAACAUCGUCAUCGUGCCUCUGGGUGGAGAGACUUAGAGGAAGAUGCUCUAAGUCAUGGUUUUAACAACAUAGAGUAACUUUUUCAUUUAGAUAAUAUCUAACUUUUGGAACUUUAAAAGCUUUGUACAAUAUAGAUAAUGUAUUUAAAAUGUUAUAUUGGUAUUAAGCUACAAUAAAGGAUUUUAAAAUUUUGUGAAA